AGGACAGCGACAAUGGAGGCCAAAGCCAGACCCUCAGCCCGAAGGGAGAGGCGCCCGUUGUCCUUCUGUCCGUCCACGUGCCAGGGCGCCCGGGAGGGUCUCCCCAGAGUUCCGUCUCUUCCAGGCCCAGGGUCUCGUCCCGCUGCAUGUCGGAGGCCGGGUCCAGCGGGAGGAGGCUCUCCGUGUUCCCAGAGUCCAGCUUGUCCUCCUCCGUCUCCGGCGGCUUGUUCUCCUCCUCGCUGUCCAGGAAGGAGGCCUCACGGGAAGUGGGGUGGAGGUCCUCGGGGAGGGAGGGGCGCACCGUGGGGUUGUCCUGCCAGCACGUCUGCACCAGGUUGUGGCUGCAAGGGCACACGGGAGACACAACACAGCGCCCGUCAGUCGAGUGUGCACUCUCCUCCACGAGGCGGCCAAGGAAGCAGGCCUCCCGAGGGAAGAGGCCAUGCGGCCGUGGGGCGCCAUGCGGGGCAGCCGGACCGCCCGGUCCUUCCUGAGCCCGGAGGGGAGUCCACGCACCACUCAUUCCCAAGGCCCAGGCUGGACGUCGGUGCCCAAGCGGCGGGUCCAGGGCAGAAGCCGGUCAGUGUGGACGGCGUGCUUGGAUAAUCCGGAUUAUGGGACAGCGCAGAAGGGUCACCGAAGGCCUUGCUCUGUCUCAGAAGAGCCUUUGGUUUCCGCAUCCAGGGAGGCCUUGCGUCAUCUCCAUCAUCUCCCAUCAUCCAUCUCUCCGUCUAUCAUCACCCUGUCUCUCUAUCCUCUCUCUGUGUCAUCUCUCUCUCUCUCUCUUUAUCACCUGUCUAUCAAUCUGUGUUUAUCUCUCCUCUCUCUCUCUCUCUCUCUCUCUCUCUCUCUCUCUCUCUCUCUCUCUCUAUCUCUCAAUGUGUACAGGUCCAACAUGCCAACAUGCCAAGGCGCACAUACAGAUGUACAGCUACAACGUGGCCAUGGGCGCACACAGACGACCACCAAGAGUCAAAUCCGUGUCUUCCCACAACGAUCUAGACAUACAGGGCACACGGCAAAAAGAGGAAUCGGUCAGCAACUGAACAUACUUGACAGGUUUGGGAAGAAUUCACCAUGUACGGACUGGGAUGUAUAGUUCACCUGCAAUCUAAGAGUCCACUAACAACGGACCUGGAACUCACUCGGCACACAGGCCCUCCAGGAAAAAAUACUGAAGAUCUUUGGGGGAAAUUCACCCUGAUUUGGGGGAGUUGUAGUCCACCGACAUCCAGUGUGAACUCAAACUGAUGGAUCUGGACCCCACUUGGCCCACAGACCCGAUUCCUGGAGGGGUUUGGGGAGAAUGGAUCUUCUCGGAUGGCUCACCGAAAGAGGCGCAGUUGUCCUACUUCUGGGAAACAGCUCUCCCGACGACCGCCAGCUGGAGGCCUUGUCCGCUGCUGCCGCCUUGGUGUUGGUCCCUGCCCACGGUGGCCCUGGCCUGGUGGUCGAGGAGGCUGUGGUGGCGAGCUUGGGCG